UAAUAAUACACUCACAGUCUCUCUGUCCAUCUUUUUCUCCUCUCUUACUCUAUAAUUGUGUUGUGAAGUGUAGUACAUUUUACUAUUCUUUAGGUAUCUUUCUUGCCUUUUGGCUUCUUCUCCAUUAACAAUCAGGUGGUGUAUCGCUAAAGAAAAAGAAGAGGUUUUGACUUUUUGGUAAAAGAGAAGUGUAUGCAUAGAGUGGCUCGAUGUUCCAUUAUUUCGAUAAUUUCUCACCUGAUGAUCAGCACUUUAAUGAUUUCUGUCACUCACAGACGUCUAAUUCGUGUAUGAUCUCUAGUAUAUCCGAUUAUGACUUAGGGUUUAAAGAAGAUCUUUUCAAAGCACCUGAACCGAUAAUAGAACAGCCAUUGAUAAGCUUGUGUGGAGAAGACAUCAUUUUUCCAGAAAACAAGUUUACAUAUCUUCAAUCACUUGAAGAUGAGGACUUCAUGAGCAAUCUUUUUGAAGAACAUAAAGAUAUUUUGGCAAAAGAAACAUCAUCUUCCUCAGAGUUUCUAGAUUUCAGAACAGAUGAUAGCAUCACUACGAAAGAAAUUUUGUAUCCUUUUGGAACAUUCACAAAAAGUAUAAGCUCUGACAGUUUGAUCUCGGUGGAUGGGAAUCAAAUGAGGCCGAUUUCCAUGAAUUUUACUGAAAUGGACUUGAUGAAUUUUCAUGGUAUGCGAAUGGUUUCCAGUGAAGGAUACAUAAAGCCACAGGUUACGAGUGAUCAAGUUCAAGAAACUCGCAUGCAGAAGCUUUCAAGAUACAGGGAUAAGAAGACAAAGAGGAAUUUUGGCAGAAAAAUUAAGUAUGCUUCCAGGAAAGCGUUAGCGGAUGGCCAGCCACGGAUUAAAGGAAGGUUUGCCAAGACAGAAGAAAUGGAAUUCUCUAGAAAGUAAUCAGAGAUUGUUAAAAAUCAAAAUUUGGCAUUUGGAACAAAUUGGAAUCUUGUAGGUUAAUGAUCUUUGUUGAUCACGGAUGUUGAUUGUGUUGUUUUUCGUUGGUUUUUUUUAUGUCAUUUUAUCCAAUUUUGUGUUGAAUAUGUCAAGAGCGAAACUGUGAGAGUAUGUUUGAAAGAUAGUGUUUUGGGAUCCGAGUUAUGUUUUGUAAGGUAAAACAUGAAAGUUUUAUGUGG